CACACUGUGAACUGACUUCUUGUUGAUCUUCAAGCUGGACAACACUAUUGGGUGUGCUGUAAUUGUCAUCAAGGCUUUGAGGAACGCAGGUCUCCACAUUUCCAGGGGCAGACAUAUAUAGAAGGUCCUGCCAUGGUGGAUCUUUUCUUUGACAAAGUUCUGGUGAAAAACAAUAAGGACCGUGAUGAGCUGGACACAGAGCGUGAGAUCAUCCUGCGCCUGCAGAACCGGAUCCUCAUGCUGUUCUUUGGCUCAGGUGAUUGUGAGAGGUGUCAGGACUUUGCACCCACACUCAAAGAUUUCUUCAAGAAGCUGACUGACGAGUUCUACGUAGAGCGUUCGGCUCAGCUUGUCCUGCUCUACAUCUCACUCGACACCUCAGAGGAGCAGCAGGACAAGUUCCUGAAGGAGCUUCCCAAACGCUGCCUUUUUCUGCCCUUCCAGGACACUUACAGGAAAGAGCUAGAGGUGAUGUUUGAGGUGGAAGAAGUUCCCACAGUGGUGGUUCUACGUCCUGACUGCUCGGUUCUCUCCCCCAAUGCUGUGAUGGAGAUCUGCUCUUUGGGAACAGAGUGCUUCCAGAACUGGCAGGAAGCAGCCGAGCUGAUCGACCGCAACUUCCUGAUGAACGAGGAGUACGACGAAAGCAAAAGACGCAGCUUCACCGACGUCAUACGGCGCCAAAAAUACAAAGUAGAGGACAAGAAGAAGAAGAAAAAGGAACAUGAUGGAGAAGAGGAUGAUGAUGAUGAUGAAGGUGGGGGACCUGGGGAUUAAGAUGACGGAACAAAAAUCAUAGAUAUUAUGUAUAACUACAGAUAUGCAUUUGCUGCCUCAACUUGGACUCAGCUGCUAAUUGGUUGAUUGACAGAGACACUUUUUGUGCUACAUUAUCAUUAUUGAUUAAGUAUACCAAUGUCAAAACACCUUAACAGCACAUAAACACUGUAUUAAUUGUACAUUUGGAAUGCUUGUAGUAUCGCACAUUUCAAUUUCUACACAAACACUUAAAAAAGAAGUAAAAGCAGA